CGGCUGCCAUGGCGCAGCCCGCCCGGAGCCGGGCUCCCCGCGCCGCUGGCAGGCGAGGAGUUAAGCCUGGUCCCCCCCAGCCCAGCCUUCCUCUCUGCCAGGAGGGGAGAAAGUCUCAACUUGAGCGGUUUUAUUACAAUGGCAGUGCCGUGGCGCCUGGUGGCAGGCUGUCAAGAAACAUGGAAGCCUCUCUCCACGCAGGGUGUGGUGGUCCCGUCUCCCCGUAACGCCCGCUUCCCGAAACUCGCAGCCGGGUCCUAGGAGAGACGUGGCAGCGGUCCCGGGGAGAUCCUAAUCUCGAAUUUUGUAAUUACGGUUAUUUGCAUAGCCUCACAAUGACAGAGGAAGCAUGCAGGACACGAAGUCAGAAACGAGCCUUAGAACGUGAGACAACGCACAACGAUGUGGACAGUAAAAAACUGAAAAUGGAGAAAGGACUAUUAGGAACUGACAUAACUGCGGAAGGAGACAUGAAAAUCAAAACAGAUCCCGGAGCUGGAAAAGUGCAAGGAUUACUAAAAAGCGGAGAGGUGAAAGCAACCAUUAAAGUGGAGGUUCAGACGGGAGACGAGCCUGUGGACAUGAGUACUUCAAAAAGUGAAAUAAAGAGAGAAAAGAGAGUCCCCUCACCGGACGUUAUAGUGUUAUCGGACAAUGAGCCUUCUAGCCCUAGAAUGAAUGGUUUAACAAAAAUAGCAUUAAAAGAGACCAACACGGAGGCACUCAUGAAAAGCAGUCCUGAGGAACGUGAGAGAAUGAUUAAACAACUAAAAGAAGAGCUACGGUUAGAAGAAGCAAAACUUGUUUUAUUGAAAAAGCUACGGCAAAGUCAAAUCCAGAAGGAGACCACUACUCAGAAGCCUGCUGGUUCCUCUGGGAGUGCUGUGGCCACCCCUCCGCCCUUGGUGCGGGGCACGCAGAGUGUUCCUGCUGGCAAGCCGUCCCUGCAGACCUCUUCUACACGUAUACCGGGCACUGUUAUUCCUCCUCCGUUGGUCCGUGGUGGGCAGCAGACUUCUUCAAAACUAGGAACUCAGCAAAACACACAGAUAGUAAUGCCGCCUCUUGUCAGAGGAGCGCAGCCCAUUUCUGUGUCUUCCCAGCAAAUCCACAACAUCCGACAGCACUCCAGCACGGGGCCGCCUCCGCUGCUGCUGGCGCCACGGGCAUCGGUCCCCAGCGUACAAAUCCAGGGGCAGAGAAUUAUCCAGCAGGGUCUGAUCCGUGUGGCCAACGUUCCCAAUACCAGCCUGCUUGUCAAUAUCCCGCAGGCCUCUCCGACUUCAAUCAAAGGUACAACUGUGACAUCUGCUCAGGCGAAUGCUACUACGACCAGCGCUGCUUCUAUCGUCAACUCCAACGACUCGCCGGCCAGCCGGCAAGCCGCCGCCAAGCUCGCCUUGCGGAAGCAGCUGGAGAAGACGCUGCUGGAGAUCCCUCCUCCCAAGCCGCCUGCGCCGGAGAUGAACUUCCUGCCGAGCGCAGCCAAUAACGAAUUUAUCUACUUAGUUGGGUUGGAAGAAGUUGUGCAGAAUUUGCUGGAAACUCAAGGUAAAGUUUCAGUUCCCGUAUCAUCUCGCGAGCCCUAUAUGUGUGCUCAGUGUAAGACUGACUUCACCUGCCGUUGGAGGGAGGAGAAGAAUGGAACCAUUAUGUGUGAAACCUGUAUGACAUCAAAUCAGAAAAAGGCCUUGAAAGCUGAGCACACUAACCGACUGAAGGCUGCCUUCGUAAAAGCACUGCAGCAAGAGCAGGAGAUUGAGCAGAGGAUACUGCAACAGACUGCGUCUCCCGUACAGACCAAGUCAGACCCCAUAGUGCAGCACCACUCGCUCAAGCAGACUUCUAGCCAGAUGUCUCGAGGCCCUGGAGCUCCACGGGGAGUGUUGCAUGCAUUUAGCCAGUCACCCAAGUUGCAGAAUGCAUCGUCUGCAGCAGCACUUGGGAGUAGGCCAGGUAAGCAUGCUGAGAGACCUGUCAGCAAGGGCAGCGCUGCCGCCUGGAAGAAGACUCCCAUCAAUACAGGUGGGGCUUUACCUUUUGUUAAUCCUAGUUUAGCUGUGCACAAGUCGUCUUCAGCAGUAGACCGCCAGCGUGAGUAUCUCCUGGAUAUGAUUCCCCCACGGUCCAUCCCACAGUCCGCCACGUGGAAGUAAUGCAGUGGAAUGCCCAAGAGGAAGACUUUCCUGUUUCUGCCAUCCUUUUUAUACCACAUGACAGUGGAAUCUGCUUUAAUCCCAGCUGGAUACGCCCCAGGCUUUAUAGGAUGCAAGAAGACCACUCCUCAUCCCAUCGAGUGCUGCUGUCCCUGCUAAGAGAAAAUGACACCACGUGGGUGGGAAAGACUUGAGCUCAUUUGGUUAUCAGAUUCUUGUGAUUGACUGAUGAUGAAGGCUGUCAGGGAAGGGGAAGAAUUCUUUUUUUUUUUUGGCUUUAUGUAUUUAGUUUGGAUUUUUUUGUCACCAGCACAAAAGGAGGACUAAAUGACUCUCUGCCUUUGGUUUCUUUAUUAAUAACUACCCAUUCACCACGAACGCGGUGUUCGUUCGCCGUCAAGCAUGGAUGUCAGCUCAAGGAGAGAGGAAUUUCAACCCGAUCUUGCAGAUGCAUUUAGUGAGCCGAGUUCAUGUUUGCUUUUCUUCCCUGCCCCUCCUCCAGCCAGGAAGGCAGUCUACAGAUUAUGUUUCAAUGAUGAGCUAAUGAUAAAUAAGUGCAAACUCAAAUUCCAGUUGAGUAUGUCUUUUCUAAGGGACUGGCUACCACCAAAACUUGUCUGGUAGGUGGGAACCAGUGCAGGAGUCUCUCACUUUUGUUGAAUUCUGUUUUGAAUAGACUUUGAACUGUUGGUAGUCUAAAAUCUAAUUUACUGAAUAGACAAAACACCUUUGUUCAGUCUUUCUAAUUCAGCGAAGAGCAGUUGGGCCUUUCAUACGUUCCCAGAGACUUACAAAACUGUUUUUUGAUUAUUUUCCUUUUGGAGAGGUUUAUCGUUUUGAGCAAUUUUACUCAAAAAAAAAAAAAUACAAAAAAAAAAAAAAUACAAAAACAAACUAGGAAUUCCGGAAGCUGCACGCAAUCAGAAGGGGCGAGCGGAGGAGCGGGAGGCCGCGGUCAGGUAGCGGGCUCCAUCCUCCGGUGGCUGUCGCUCCUGGUCGUGCUUGGUGGCCGGGCACGCGUGGGGCAGGACCGCCCGAUCCCUCUCGAGUUCCGUUCUUCCAGGCGUACCAAGCAUGCUCUUCUGUCCGUCACCGCAGUAUUUCAUUUUUGAUAGAGCUUUAGGUAACCCUGCUUUAAGGACAGGUUUCUACGUGGUUUUAAGACGUGUCGGGGAUUCCACAGGUUUCAGCCCAAAUCCAUCAGGUCCAGUUGUUUCUCUUCUCGUCAUCCUCUCUCCUUCUUCCCUGUGCUUCUCCCAAAUUAAAGUUGAAUUCAAGCGGCAGAAAUACAUGCCUUACUACUUAUGUUGCAUAUCAGUACUAGAAGUAGUGCUGAUGAGAAUUAUUUGCAAAAUUAUAUAUAUCUAUAUAUCUAUAUAUAAAAGAAAAGGGGAGGGGGUACUACUCAGUCUCUGUGCUGAAUCUAUUUUCUUAGCAGUUGCCGUUAGCUCGAACUAAACCGGUAACGGCGUAGGGUUGUCCCUCUUCGGACCUAACUAUUGCAUAGUGGAAACGAAAACUCAUUCAUUUUAGCCCCUGUUCUGUUGUGUGAAUAGCAAUAUUAGAUACUUUGGAAACUGUUCGGUAGUCUAGAAGACCUAGUUUUGCAAAAUGGUAUUUGUUGCUGUAUAAAGCCCUAGGGUUUCAAUUUGACUUCUUUUUUUUUUUUCGUUUGUUUUACAAAUGUAUAUUAAGAGCUAAUUGGGGAUGAGAGGAAUUGGUUUGGGUUUUUAAUUUUUCUUUUCAUUCCAAGAUAUUUUGGACUGGGAGAUGUGGAGAGAGAAAUUGAGUGCAUUUUAUUUUUGCACUUCGGAAUAUUACAAAAUUGUUUCAGUUCCUUACACGUGUGGAGUUUCCUUGUUUUGUUUUUUUUUCUCUCUUCUGACAAAUGCCUGCGUUAUCUCAUCACUGCUGCAGAUGUCCAGUACUGUUCAAGGACCUGGGAAGAGUGCAGUUGUUUAAAAAGAAAAAGCAAAACUUCUCAAACUAAAAUUCAAAUGCCUUUUGGGGAAGGCUGGGCAACUUCUUAGGUUGGUUUUUUUCCAGUGUUGCGGUGUAGCUUCAGCUGAUGCUGGAAAAGGGGGAAUGGAAAGAGGGGCGGAGGUAUUAGAAGAGCCUGCUUUAAAAGCUAUGUCAAAACCUUUUUGGAUACUGCCAGUUCAGCGCAGCAACUUGCAAAUCUGAAUUUCAGCACAAUGGAGAGGGGAGGCUGGAAAUUAAUCGUAAAACGAUGAGAGAGACUUCGGGUAAGGCUCAGAACUGAAAACAGAACCGAGCCUGCACACAGAGCCUUCCAAACGUUGCUCCCUCAGCAGUGCUAGACCACAAUUAGCUUCCAGGUAACACUGCAGAGCCCCCCAGCUCCUGUUUUAUGCAUCGGGCCAGAAUUGUUUCAAAGGCUUUCAGAGCGAGCAGAAAACGUGACGCGGACAUUAGGCCGUUGGCAUCCAGACCAGUUUUGACAUCGUUUUUAAUCCGGGGUCCUUGGAGUGUAGCAGGUAACGUAGAGCAAAUAUUUAUUGCGUAUGUGUUUCUGCAAAGUUCUAGAUGAAUACACCGGGAAGCCUUGAGUGGUACUCGUGUGUUAAAUGCCAGAAGAGUUGCUUCUUCCUUUACAGCCAGGACUGCGUAUUCGGUUGAGUAGUGUUUACCCGGGCUAGUUAAGGUAUCAUGCUAGGUUUAGGUAGUUGUUAAAACACUUGCUGCAGUCUUUCCAGACCUUCUCCUCUUCCCCAUCUGUAUGUUUACCCUUCCUGAGGGGAAAAAUUUUUUAAAAAUGAAAAAAAAAAAAAAAG